AAAAGUUUUAACGCUUGUAUUAUUUAUUUUAAUGGAUAGGAUGGAUAAAAUUUAUAAAUGGAUGAUUUGAAAGACAUUAUAUAGGGGAAUAUGGAUAUAGUAAUAGAAAUAUUAGAUAAAGUUAAGAACGUAUGAAUUGUAGUGAUAAAUUAGCAUAUACUUUAAUCUAGAAAUACAGUUGAUAUGAUAGUAUAAAAGAAGAUUCCAAUAUAUGGUAUAAGUACAGGCUUUGGCAAAUUUAAAGAAGUAUUAAAAAUAUAUAAAUAUAAUGAGAUUUAUAUUCCUCAUUAAGAAAUGGUAGAUUUAUAAAAGAACUUAAUUAUAUCUCAUGCUUCAUGUGUAGGUGAAGCAUUAAAACCCAAUAUAGUAUUGGUAAUGAUGAUUUUGAGAUUGAAUUGUUUGAUUAGACAAUGUGUUUAAUAGAAUCUUUAUAAUAAGCAAUAAAUAAGAAACUUAUUCCAAAAGUACCUUGUUAGGUUCAGUUGGAGCAUCUGGAGAUUUGGCACCUUUAUCACAUUUAGCAUUAGGAUUAAUAGGAAUAGGAGAGAUUUGGAUAGAUGGAUAAUAUAUAGAUGCAAAUUAAGCAUUAAAGAUGAAUGAUUUUGAACCAUUAGAAU